CAGUAGUCCCCAAUCGCCGUGCACGUUGUGGCGUUUCCACCUAGGACUUGGCCUGAGGCUUGUAACACUCCGUUUUUCCCCCAAGUCACAGGGGCAGUCUUGCCCCUUGCAGCUGGGUCGCGGUGUCACUCAAAGGUCCCCCUCUACAGGGGCUUCGUGAGGCCCAGGCCCACAGGGGGCUCGGUUCCGGAAGUGACGUCUCCCAGAGGGGCCGGAAGUGGCAGUGGAGGGAGGGAAGAUGGCGGAGGUGGGGGAGAUAAUCGAGGGCUGCCGCCUACCCGUGCUGCGGCGGAACCAGGACAACGAAGAUGAGUGGCCCCUGGCCGAGAUCCUGAGCGUGAAGGACAUCAGUGGCCGAAAACUUUUCUACGUCCAUUACAUUGACUUCAACAAACGUCUGGAUGAAUGGGUGACGCACGAGCGGCUGGACCUAAAGAAGAUCCAGUUCCCCAAGAAAGAGGCCAAGACCCCCACCAAGAACGGACUUCCUGGGUCCCGUCCCGGCUCUCCAGAGAGAGAGGUGCCGGCCUCGGCCCAGGCCAGCGGGAAGACCUUGCCAAUCCCGGUCCAGAUCACACUCCGCUUCAACCUGCCCAAGGAGCGGGAGGCCAUUCCCGGUGGCGAGCCUGACCAGCCGCUCUCCUCCAGCUCCUGCCUGCAGCCCAACCACCGCUCAACGAAACGGAAGGUGGAGGUGGUUUCACCAGCAACUCCAGUGCCCAGCGAGACAGCCCCGGCCUCGGUUUUUCCCCAGAAUGGAGCAGCCCGUAGGGCAGUGGCAGCCCAGCCAGGACGGAAGCGAAAAUCGAAUUGUUUGGGCACUGAUGAGGACUCCCAGGACAGCUCAGAUGGAAUACCGUCAGCACCACGCAUGACUGGCAGCCUGGUGUCUGACCGAAGCCACGACGACAUCGUCACCCGGAUGAAGAACAUUGAGUGCAUUGAGCUCGGCCGGCACCGCCUUAAGCCGUGGUACUUCUCCCCGUACCCACAGGAACUCACCACAUUGCCUGUCCUCUACCUGUGCGAGUUCUGCCUCAAGUACGGCCGUAGCCUCAAGUGUCUUCAGCGUCACUUGACCAAGUGCGACCUACGACAUCCUCCAGGCAAUGAGAUUUACCGCAAGGGCACCAUCUCCUUCUUUGAGAUUGAUGGACGUAAGAACAAGAGUUAUUCCCAGAACCUGUGUCUUUUGGCCAAGUGUUUCCUUGACCAUAAGACACUAUACUAUGACACAGACCCUUUCCUCUUCUACGUCAUGACGGAGUAUGACUGUAAGGGCUUCCACAUCGUGGGCUACUUCUCAAAGGAGAAAGAAUCAACAGAAGACUACAAUGUGGCCUGCAUCCUAACCCUGCCUCCCUACCAGCGCCGGGGCUACGGCAAGCUGCUGAUCGAGUUCAGCUAUGAACUCUCCAAAGUGGAAGGGAAAACAGGGACCCCUGAGAAGCCCCUCUCAGACCUUGGCCUCCUAUCCUAUCGAAGCUACUGGUCCCAGACCAUCCUGGAGAUCCUGAUGGGGCUGAAGUCGGAGAGUGGGGAGAGGCCACAGAUCACCAUCAAUGAGAUUAGUGAAAUCACCAGCAUCAAGAAGGAGGAUGUCAUCUCCACUCUGCAGUACCUCAAUCUCAUCAACUACUACAAGGUAGGGAGGCAGGCAGGGGAGACAGGUGUGUGGGAUGCAGAGUGCAGGCCCCUGUGGGCUGACCACCUGCUGAACCCAUCUCCUCUGCCCAGGGCCAGUAUAUCCUCACACUGUCAGAGGACAUCGUGGAUGGCCAUGAGCGGGCCAUGCUCAAGCGGCUCCUGCGGAUUGACUCCAAGUGUCUGCACUUCACUCCCAAGGACUGGAGCAAGAGGGGGAAGUGGUGACCAGGCACUGCCCACUGCAGUACCAAGAUGGCAGCAGGACUGGGGCUGAUAGCCCACCCCGCCCCCACUGUAGCUCCCACAAAGCACUCUAAGGGAGAUGGCGCUGAGGACAGCUCCAAAAGGAGGGGACAGGCCUGGCAGGGGCCCAUUGGUGCCCGGCAGCAAGGCAAGCACAGGGCUCAGGCCACCUCCAAGGUCAGCUGGCCACAGGCCCAGGCCUGCUCUGAACCAGGGACCAAAGGGAGCCAGGCAGCUGUGUACAGUGAGAUGGGGGGUGGGGGAGCUCUGUACAGAGGGCUGGUGAUUGUAAAAAUUUCUUUUGUAAAGUAGAAGUUGGGGGUGGGGUGGGUGCUGGCUGCAAAAAAUUCUGGCUUCUCUUACCCAUAUUGCCCCUGGCAAUAAAUUGUUUCUAUAUGCCA